AUGGCCACUCCAGCAGCAGCAGGCGGCCUAACGCCAGCCCGCCUAGGCUUCCUGGCCAUCUUCAACCCGUCCCUCGGCAGCACCGACGAGACGCUCGACGACCAGAUAGUGUAUUACGCCUCCGUGACGACACAGAACAGCAGCAGUGAAAACCAUGACAACCACAGCAAGAACCGGCGACGGCGUCGUCAUGCCCGGAGCAGCAGGCCGACGGAGGGGAUAUCACAGGAGGAGCGGCACGAGCGUCUGAGGCAGAUAGGCCUGGCCCAGGGCAUGGCUAACUUCAGCCGGGGGUUCGCCGGCGGGGCGCCUGUCGAUGCUAUAGACACGGACAAGUCGAGGGUUAUACUGCAUGAGCUGGAGCCGGGAUGGUGGAUAUUAGCUGUGGCUUUCACCAAAUCACCCUUGGGGGACGGGUUGUGGCUGACGACAUUCUUGCAGAGCAUUGACCUCACGAGGAUCCCAUUGCCUCCACGACUUCCUACAAAGAGCAGCGCCGGAUAUAGCUCGGAAGAGCAAUUCGAGUACUCGACGCGUGAGAUGAAGCCGGCCAACCUCAUCCUUGCGGACCUGGUCCGCGCACACAAUACCUUUCUCCUGCACCACGACGCGUCCCUGCAGGCACUCUUCUCUCGGACCACCACCGCCAGCAUCGGCGGUAGGGCCCGCUUUGUAGCCUUGCUGAGCCGGUACUGGGACUUGUACCUCUCGACGUGGAAUGUCAUGAUGCACGGUAACCCCGCGCGCGACGUAUACGGGGGUAUCAACGUUGCGGCGUCGGGGGAGUUGGGCGUCGGAGUAGGCGAGGAGGAGAGGGGCAGCGGGGAGAGGGAGGUUCUAGAGGGUCUCGUCGGUAGAGUCGACGGCCUCGUGGAUCUUAUCGUCUCGAGAUUUGGCACCGAUCAGGGGGAGGAGCACGGUAACGGGGUGGGUGUCUCGGGUGACCGUGAGCAGAAGUUAUCGCCGCCACCUUCAUGGUUGGGGACGGGGCAGGAGCCCCGAUCCGAGGAUGGCGCUAUCUUCCUGGGCACGGGUGCACUGUCGAGAAGUUCGCUGAGAGAUGUCACGCUCUGGAUGCAAGAUCUGUAUACCUGGGGGGAGCACGCGUACGGGGUGAUCGACAGUCCAACGGGGACGAGGCGGGCGAAGGGGAAGAGAGGGAGGAAGGGGAGGAGGGGAGACGUGGAAGCGGGAGCGUCAAGGCAGUCUGCCGAGACCGGAGCGCCGCCGGACUCGACGACAGGCCAGGAGGAGACGCGGGCUGCUGGCGAUUCUCCUCCAACUGCACCGCCAGUCCAAGAGAGACGGCCUGGAGACGAAUUGGAAGAGGCGGUAUCCACGGACAAGUCACAGGAACCACGAGAGGCACGAAAGGGUACACCAGAGACGGACGCUCAAGGAGAACCUAGAGAGCCGAGCAAAGCAGCAGACCAGACGAUCGAAGCAGGGAAAGCACCGGAAACAACAGCAGCAGCACAGAACCCUGCCCCGCCAGCACCGAAAGACAGACCAGCCGAAGCCGAAGAAGGCAAGCUCGACAAAAUGGUCAGCUAUCUCAAGAUGGGAUACGGAACAUACUGGAGCCUCCCUGUGCGAGGCGCAACGGCAGACGUAAGCGCAAACGCAACGGAGGACCGGAAACAAAAGACGACGGCGCCGGCCGACACGGCAGCAUCAACACGCCGCGGGACAGUCUUGGACGAACAGGGCCACUUCCUCAUCGGCCGGAGCGGCGAGUCUGAAGAGGUCCUCGGUGAAGGGGAGGCGGAACGUGGUGAAGGCUCCGGCGAGCCAACCAACCAGCGUACCAUGCCCCGAACACUGAACGUCGGACUCAGCACGGCCCGCAACGGUAGGGACAGGAAUAGACAGGAGGAAGGAGAAGGGGAAAAGGCGGAGGGUGAGGAUGAGGAGGACGAGGAGGGCAAAGACAGCAGAGACGCCAGAGUCUGCGUGGUCGUCUACGUCAACCGCCCCUUCAUAUUCACCCUGCUCUUCGACACGCACACGGACUCCCUGGCACUGGACUCGUGCUACCGCUCGCUGCACCGCCAGCUCGCACCGCUCAGGAAGCCCCUCCUCUCGUCGACGCGGUACCGUCCCGAGCGACCGUGGUCCUCGUCGGACUCCGCAUCGUCACCAUCAAUCUACGACCUGGUAUGGGACCCGACAGCCCUGACGGUGCACUCCACGAUGCCCGACAUCCCGGAGACGUACGAGCCCGACGGCAUACACUCCUGGACCAGGGCCGACGCGCUAAACACCCAUCUUCACAUGCUGGCCAUACACUCUGCCUCUUCUUCUCCCCCUCCCUCUUCCCUCCUCGAACGUACACAAAAGACCCAGAGAGGAUGGUGGGUGGUGUGGACAAGACUACUCAAUCACCACGGCCACGAUACUCCCCACCGUGCUUCGGCAGCUGCAACCGCCAAUCUAUCCACGAUUCACGAAUCCGAAUCCGAAUCCGAAUUCGGUGGUAGGAAUAGUUCAGAUGAAGAAGAAGAAGAAGAGGCAGAAGAGGAGAGAGAGGUGCCCCCUCCGACAGUGGACAAGGACAUCUUUCUCGUCAGGAGGGCGAGUGACCAUGUCGGAUUCAGGCGCGAGGCAGCGGACGGGGCGGGACGGCUGGCUCACGGUAUAGGUGUCGACACGAGGAGGUAUGUCGAAGAGCUGCUCACCUUGCUGUGA